AUGCCGCGCCCCACAACCGCAACCCAACCUUCACCCCAAGCCAAACCCGGACUCCAUCUCCCACCCUCCCUACACGCCCUCGCCCACGACACCCUCUCCGACCCAGCCUUCCACCUCGUCUCCACGACCCGCGCCGCAACCCACGCCGGCCGCGGCCACACACUCAUGGAUCGCACGUGGAACACGCCCAGCACGAUUCCGGAACUGCACUCCUUCUUCCGCGCCGGCAGCCCUGCUACUGGCAGUGGCAAUGGCGACGACAAUGACGCGUCCACACGCGCCGAGGUGCGCCGCUUCUACGAGUUCGGCGGCGAUCUCAACGCGCACCCGGAUCUGCUGCAUGGUGGGGUCGUGAGCUGCAUUCUGGACUCGGGCAUGGGUGCUGUCGUGGCGCUGGCGAUGGGGCGGGGGUCUGAUGCUGCGCCGAAGGAGGAGUAUGAUAGCGUCAGGAGGGGUGAAGGAGGCGGGCCCCCGCGGUUCACGGCUCAGUUGAACGUGCGGUAUCGCCGGCCGGUGAGGACGCCAGGGUGUGUGGUGGUGAGAGGGUGGGUGGAGCGGGAGGAGGGCGGUGGGAGGAAGGUUUGGGCUAGGGGCGUGGUGGAGGCGUUGGAAGGAGGGAGGUCGGUGGUGCAUGCCGAGGGAGAGGGGCUGUGGGUGAGCGGUAAGAACGCGAAGAUUUGA